UUAAUUUUGAGAAUCACGUAACUAAAUGUGUUCAAAGCCGAUCCCCAUCGCACACACCAGGCGGCAUCGAAGGAGCCAAAAAAAUCACAGAAAUCUCACUUGUCCAUCUAAAAAGGCCGGCCUUGCUUUGGUUGUUGAGUCACAGGGAUCUUUUGGUUUAGGCUUCUUGAUGAGUUGGCGAAGUAUUACGAGUGUAAAUCAAGCCUCCUCCAGAAUGACGCAGAUGCUUCUAUGCCUUUCACACGGAGAAGUUCCAUGUUCGAAGCCCAGGAGGAAUGGAACGACCAUUGGGAAAGUGGUGCCAAAGGGAUCACGUUGAAAAGAGGUUCCCUCUUUGCCAGAAAUCCAGUGCGCCAACAACUAAUAAAACAACUUUCUCUCCAGGAUGCGAUGAAUGUGGCCAUUGCCUAGCGAGAUUGUUCGUUGUCAUGACUAUUCAGGAUUGCAAACUUUGAAGCUUUUCCGAGAGCUACCAAUUUGUCUAGAUCUCAAGAGGAUGAUGUUUCCCAGUUGGCCUUGUGACCCAUAACCCUGAACACGUAGGAGCAUCAUUUGGACUGGAACCACCAUGAUGACGGCCUCAUCUCCCUCCAAUGGGGUACAAAACACCCCGGACUCAUUGGCCUAUUCACCGGUCAAUACCUCACCGCAAACACCGUCAGUGAUGAAUCGGAUUAGUCGGAACCCGAAGAUCAUCGUUCUCUUAAGUGUUCUCCUCUUGAUGUUGGCCAUCUUGUGCUCUCUAAUCGUGGUCCUGGUUCUGGAGAGCACCAAGGCUCCAUAUCAAGGCCAAUGUGUGGGGUCGCAUCGCUCUCCCACGGCCACUCUAACCUAUGGCAAUGAGGACCUGAGCAUGCGGAUGUAUUUGGCCGUGAAAGAUCAGUAUCAGAACGUCAGUCUUAUCAUGUCAGCCUUGAGUUUGGGGUCCCUGAUGGCCAUGGCCUCACUUGGUGCGCAAGAGCCAACCACUUCCGAACUGAGGAACGCCAUGAGCUUGCCUUGUUCCGAGGAUCUCCUAAUCCGAGCUUAUCAAACCUUGAACGAGAACUUCCAUUCAGACGAGAAUGUUACGCUUACCAUGGUUCAGCGGAUCUUCCUCAACAACGCAUACACCAUUCGCGAGUCUUUUCGAGCCAAGGCCGCAUCGGCCUUCGAUGCCAUCCUGGUCAAUAUGGACUUUGGACCCGGCCUGGAAGCCCGGGACCAGAUCAACCGACUGAUAGCGGUUCAAACCAACCAGAAGAUUUCCGACCUUUUAGCGCCCGGGUCUAUUCAAGCCCAUACCAAACUGGUUAUGGUGAAUGCCGUCUAUUUCAAAGGUCGCUGGGCUUUGGCCUUUGACCCGAUCAACACGCAACUCCUGGACUUCUUCCCGGAGGAUGUUUACCCGGGUCAAAAGGUGCACUUCAUGCGAAGUGAGGACACUUACGCUAUUGGCCGGGUACCGGGAUUGGACGCCCGACUCCUGAAAUUGCCCUAUGCCGGGGGCCGCCUGGCCAUGUACUUGGUUUUGCCCAACAAGAGUGACCCGCUCUCAGUUAUUGAGGAAAACAUGCCCGGACAUUUGAAUCUCCUCAACCUUGACGGCUACCUCGAGAACCGACUCGUGGCAAUCUCGCUACCCAAGUUCCAGAUUGAGCUCCGGAUGGACCUCGUUCCGGCCAUGAUCAACCUGGGAGCUAGCGGGAUGUUCCAUCCGGGAUCGGCCAACUUCUCGGGCAUUUCCAGAUCUCAGAUUCACGUGGACCAGGUGGUUCAAAAAGCCUUCAUCGAGGUCAACGAGGACGGGACAGAGGCCGCCGCUGCUACGGGUGCCAAUUUCCGGGCCAUUGAAGCUGAAGUGCCCGAGCCGUUCGACUGCAAUAGACCCUUCUUGUUUCUUAUCAAAGAUCUCACGACCGGAGUGACGAUUUUCUUCGGCAGAUAUAUGUCACCCUGAAUUGUACACAAUCAGCUUACGAAAUAUACAUCAGUCCCCCACAAAUCCGGGCAUUCUUUUUCGGGCUGUCCUAACGAAGACUUCGAUGGUUGAUAAAACAUAGUUGCUAAUCGAGCGAU